AAUUAAAUUCAAGAUGGAGCCGAUCAGUAAACAUGAAUAUUUGUUUUGGUUUUGAAAGCCCUAUUAUAACAUUUUGUUCUUCUUUCUAAGUUGUUAUUUCAUGUUUGUAAUAAAAAAUAAGUAGCAAAUAAGGUAUUAUUGUAAGGUUAGAAAUUGAAGAUACCUUAUUUUACGUGCAAUAGCCUAAUAAAAAUGUCACGUCGGUGUCGUAAUAUUUUAUUAUUUUGCUGUAAUUGUAGACAGAUGAGCACUAGGAUAAGAAUUGUUCCUGAACUGAACCAAAACGUGUAUGAAAAUAUUGUGAGCAAUAACCUCAAUCCAAAGAAGCACCCUGGUGUUUGUCGAAUGUUACCUCAAAGGAUACCAACCGUUUUAUUUGAUGCUGUUCAAAAUGCUUUAAAAGACAGAUGUGCGAAAACCCUUGCGAAUGAAGGAGAUGCUUUCAACAGGUUUCUGAGACUGAGGGAAGCGCCAUUGGAUGACGAAACAUGUGCUGAAAAUUUGAAAAAUAUCAAGGAGAGAGUUGAAAGAAGAAUGAAAACGAGUGAAAGCAAAAUAUCCUCCGAGCAAGAACUGAACAAACACAAGGCGCUGGUGAAGAGCAGGUCGCUGGCCAUAUUUAAGAAGUCAACCUACAACUGGAAGCCCGUUGUCUACGACCAAUACACGUCACUGCUCUAUAUGAUGGCAAGGCUGCCGCAGAACUAUGCCGUGCUGUGUCGUGUCUUCAACGAAAUCGCCGUUCGUGAUAGCCAAUUUACGGCUAAGUCCAUUUUCGAUUUCGGCAGCGGGGUCGGCACUGCUGUCUGGGCUGCUAAACAUUUCUGGGGAGAACACAUGAAGGAGUUCUAUUGUGUGGACACGUCGUCUCAUAUGCUAGAUCUGGCUCAGUUCUUGGUGCAAGGAGACGCCACUUCAGUGCCGCUACCUGGUUACUACUAUCGACAGUUUCUCCCUUCUAAACCUAGAAAAUAUGACAUAGUAGUUAGUGCUUUCUCACUCAUAGAGCUGGCUUCCAAACAGAUCAGACUGGAAACUAUUCUCAACCUAUGGAAUCAAACCGGUCAAUAUCUAGUCAUUGUUGAGCAUGGAACCAAAUCUGGUUUAAGGUACGUUAAGAAUGAUUUAAUUUUUCAGUGCCCUCAUGAUUUGCACUGCCCACGUCUGGCACCUGAUCAGAGUCCAUGUAAUCUAGAGGUGGUCUAUUUCUCAUUGCCGUUAGGAGUGAGAGGAGAGACAAUUAAGAAGGAAAAGUUCUCCUAUGUGAUAUUGAAGAAAGGCGCAAAACCAGACGAAGAUCAUAAAUGGCCACGUAUUGUUUCUCGUAACCUGAAAGUCAGUCGGCAGAGCAUUUGUAGGGUUUGCACCUCUGAAGGAAAACUACAAGAGGUCAUAUUCACAAAAGCCAAGAGUGGAAGAGAAUCUUACAAAUGUGCGAGAGCUAGUAGAUGGGGUGACCUCCUCCCGGUGCAGUUGAGUGAACUGGAAGUGGAAGUCAGAGACUGGGGGGCCAAACACGGUGAAGAAGAAGAAGAAGAAGAGGAGGAGGAAAAUGACCAAAACGAGGAGGAUGAUGUGGAUGAUAGUUCACCAAAAUAAUUAGACUACGUAUAGAAUAUUAGAAUCAGUAAAAUGUAAAAAAUACUUUGUGCUUUGAAAAGUUACUUACGUUAAUUUAA